AUGGUAAAUUGCGUUAUCCCCCGACUAAGGAGAGCUUGCUGUUUUCCGAGACAGAACUGCUUCCCCAAUUUGAAAUGUAACAGCUCAAAGCAAGCCCACAGGGGUGACAAGCAUGUAGCGCAAUACGAUUCGCUGAAUAUGCACCCUGGAUUGUACAACAACUGGGAAAAUUACCUAGGGGAAGUGAUCCCCAUUUUAGGCUCCUCCGUUGAAGUUAACAGAAGAGGGAAAUUGAAAGUGUCGCAUCGGGGGAGAAGUAAGGUUGUCAGUUGCGCGAGAGAGGAGAAUGACGGGGUUACGAGGCGGAGAAGUGGAGGGAUGUGUAUUGGAAGGUUCUCCCGAGGAAGAGCUAAAAACGGGGCAGCAAAAGGGGCCCAGAAGAGUUUGCGCAAGGGUGGGGGGAAAGAAGGUGGAAAUUUUCUAGACCGAGCCGCUGCAGGAAGGGACAGCCAAUCGAUGGGCCAAAGGAAAGGGACGCACAGAACCAGCGUCCCCUCAACUGCGAAAGGAUUAGAACAAAUGAAAAACGCAUAUUGUAGUGCUGUCGAGAGAAAUGACCACAAACUGUACGUACAUAAGGAAGAGGUUGAAAAUGAACGAAACAGAAACUUAUCAGUGGAGACCAAUAUAAACAGCAACAUGUACAGACGUAAAAGUAGUGGAGAUGGAGACGUAGAACGCGACGGGAGAAAAUCGAGUAGCGUUGCUAAUGACUCACGUAGUUACACUCAGCGCAGAGAAAGAGAAUACGAAGAGGAAAAAAAGAAACAGGAAGAGUAUAUAAAAAAAAUUAACCUCAACGAUGCAAAGAAAAAUAUGUUAACUAAAGGGAUACACUCGCAAAAUGGGAAAGGAAAAAUUUCUUCCAUGUCUGCAAAAAGUAGACACAUACAAGAGGAAGGAAAUUAUGAUUUUCUAAUUAACUCAAAUGUUGUGAAGAAACCCGAGGUAGGAGCUAGUAAAAGAGUCGAUGAAGUGUCAAAUAAUAUUUUUCUGAGGGGGAACAUAUAUAAAAUUGGAAACAGAAGCGAAACUAGAGAAGGAAGACAAACUAAAAAGAACAAACAUGGGGAGCCUCAGAUAGACAAAAGGAAAACCCCUAAUUGCAGAGUGAAGAAGAGAAAAAAAACAGCAAGUGGGGAACCGAGCCGUCCAGAACCAUUUAUCGGGGGUACUCAAAGAGGAAGCCAACAGCGAGAUAUGCACUACCAGACCUCCUCAGGGGAAAGUUCCUUGUAUGAAAUCUCUAUAUCGGGAGAAGUGGACAUCAACUUUGACUCAGACUCGUGUGUGGGGGAUACCAAGUCAACGAGGAGUGGGCAUAGCGCGAGUGGAUCCAAGAGGGAGGCAAAGAGGGAAACUAAGAGGGAAUAUAAGGGGGAAGCUAGGAGGGAGACUGGUCCCGAAUCGGUUCUUUCGAAGAAGGGGACAAAUCGGGAGGGGGGGACGACCAUUGAGAACAGCGAGGGAAUCACCACUCGUGAGAAACGCGCAAACCAGGGCAAAUGUUCCCAUUUAUCGGGGAUAAAUGGCAUCCAAAUGAGGGGAAAUAAAAACACAAAUGCCUGUGAAAAAGGAAAGAUCCUUCUCAAUUUGAAGAAUAUGCCACCAAGGAAGAGGGAAAACACUGGACGCUUGCCAUUCGGGGUAGAGCCAAUUGGAGGGUUCGCACACAAAGUAAUGAACAGGAAUAGCGAACGAACUACUGGUACUGCGUGCUGUGAGAAAAAUUGUGAACCAGUUCAGGAGAUGAGCAAUGUCAGUGACGGUCGCGGUGGCGGCGACACUUCGAGGAGUCUCGUCGGACGAAGCGGGCAGAGAGGAGCGGCGUCCCCCCUGGGGGGAGAAAUACGCAGCGAUGUAGAAGAAAAACGCAGUGGAGUGGAAGACAAAUGGAAAGACAGCUUCAGAAAAAACAAACCCACUGCAAAGAUGGAAGAGAAAAGGGAAAAGAAGAAAAAAAGUUCCUUUUUAACGACAGAGGACAAUGCCACACAUAGGACCCACUUACACGAAGCGAGCAGCAGAAAUAGCGGAAGGGAAACCACCAUCUCGAACAAACGAAGAAGUAGCGACAUUAGGAGAAAAGAAUUCGUGGAGGGGUUAGGCGACUGUUCCUCAGAUUAUGAUCUGAAAAAGUGCACUUCAGUUUUGGAGUAUCUGCUAAAAUUGAUUAAAAAGGAGAAGGUGGAAAUGGAAUCUUGCGCAAGCUGUAACGAGCUUAAUCAAUUUCAUUUGAAAAAAAAAGGGGAUUGGAUAAAUCAAGGGGGGGGCGAAGAAAGAGCGACCCAAAGUUAUAACGUGCAUAUAGUAGGGGGAAAGUAUGAAAAGGAAAGGAGGAACCAACUGUACAGUCAAUUGCUACACCUGGAACCGGAAUUAGAGGACAGCACAGGUACAAAGCUCAGCUUACGAGUGACCACAGAAAGCAAUGAAGAAAGAGGAAAUUACAAUUUUGUCUACCCGAGUAGUCACAAAUCUGGUUCGAACAUCUCGACUGGAAAUAAAUUCACCAAAAGGGGAAAAAAAAAGGACUCUUCCAAAGGGGUAAGAAGUCGAACUGUUCCAAAAAAAGACGUGUCCAAGGGGGGCGCAAUACAGGGGAAGAAAGAAAGGAACGCAUCCACGUGUUACUCAGAGGAGGCAGAAAUGAAGGUGAAGACACAGAUGGACGCAGAAAUGGCAACCUUAACCAAGUUGAUAAAUUUAAAAAGCGAACAAAACGAGAAGCUAAAAAUGUGUUUGAUGAUGCAGGAGAGUGAAAUUAAUUUGCUGCGUAAAAAGGCGCAAGAGGCACAUGCAAGCAAAAAACAAGGGAAGGAAAAAAAUUGGGAAAAUACCACUUUUUACAAAAAUUUAAUAAAGGCUAAACCCUCCACAUUUAUGGAGAUCAUUCUAAGUAACAAUCAAGACGUUGGAAACGGCACGCAGAUGAAGGAGACAUACGAGUCAAGCGUGCGGGCGGAAAAGUGUAACUUUGCCAAAUCCUUUAAUUCUUGCUUAUGUACCAUCUGUGCUGUUCCAGGAGGAAGAGAAAAUGGUUCUUUUCGCUUAAAUGAUCGCAGCCAAUGUGGGGCACCCUGUGGAGGGGCAAAUGCCCCAAUACCCGAUGUCGAAACGAAUUUCCCUACAGCCGCCGUCCAAACAGACGAAUUUUCCCCUUUGGAAUCUAAUUUAAAAUAUGGGGAGAAUCCAUAUCUACAAAGUUGCACAUUCAGUGGAGUGCCGACGGGGGGGAUAUGCUCCUACACGUGCUGCAUGCCUAGUGGAAAUUUCAAAGAUCUGGUAAUCGAGGAUGCAACAAGCGACGAGUCCUGUUCGGAUCAGCGGCACGUUUCUUGUUGUCCGCCAGGGGGACCAGCGCAAAAUGAUGUCGCAGGAAGGGACAAGACGAGGGGGUCCAGCCUGCACUCAAACGGUUAUCCAUCCAAGGGGGUAAGCGGUAUGGUAGGGAGUAGAAACAAGAAAGACAUAGUACCCAAGCCUAAGGCAAACGCAAAGAAAAGGCUAAUAAAAAUAAACGGAAAGGGAAAGUUCCAAACGAGAGAGAAGAAAUAUAACGCAGUUGCGAUGGGGGGUGAAGAGCCCUCGCGAUGUGCGAGUCGGGGAAAUUUCGGAACCGCGAACUAUGCUCAGUUGAACGGAAAAAAGGGUGAGACACAACAUGGGGGGUACUCAAGACAGAGGCAAAAUACGAGCAGGACGAAUAGCUACAAAGUGGAGGCUAAAUACCCUGUUACAUCGAGCACCAUAAGUGUUAGGUGCCUGCCUAAGAGAAAAACGGCUGUAGCCGGAUCGGAUAGAAAAAGCUGCUUUCUUUCUUCCAGGAAUGCCAACGUGGCAAAAGAAGGGGAUUAUCAACCCAAGAAGGAGAGCCUUUUCACGAAGGUAUUUUCCUACAUAAGGAAUAACAGCUUCUGUAACGAAAAAAAAAAUAACAACUGUGUGAGGAGAAAUAAAUCGACUAGCUCUAUCGUAUUCGUUAAAAAUCAGGAUUUGUCUGAUCGGACGUAUGAGAGAUCUCGGUCCUCCGGAUGUUUGCCUGACAGAACUGUCUCCACUGUUCACAAAAUGAAUUGUAUUAACACCCCGUACGUUGGUGCCAUCCCUGUGUGUGGAAAUAUGUGUGGAAAUAUGUCUGGAGGAGGGGGUAACCUGAUGACGGACGAGCAAAAAAAAAUAAUCAGGUCAGGGAAACAAAGUCAAUAUGGACUGAAUAACACACAUGGAGGUAGGUACCACUCGAAUGAUGGCAUUGUGACGAACCGCAUUUGCAAUGACGAGGUGAACAAAACAGUUGUGGAAAAGGGCGUGAUAAGAAGCGGCUGUAGAUAUGUGCUAAAGGGAUAUGGUGGAACUGCACUGGGACCUGAUUCCCAUCGUGAAAUUUUUAAAAAUAAGGGGAAAGGACAACUUGUUAAUGAUUUGCAUACCAAGGGAAAGGAUCCAUCGUUCUCCAAUAACAUGGAGCUUCAAAAGGGGCGAAACAACAACCGGGUGAUGACUUGCGAAGAAUUAAGCGGAAUGGAACGCCCCAUAAUACAUAACGAAAUGGCAAUUAGUAGUGACAUCAUCGAGAAGGCAAGACUGAAAUAUUAUGCGUCGAAGAGGUGCGCAAAGUGCACAGACGAGACAGGCGCGGGGAAGCAGGAGAAUAAAAUAAAUCCACCUGUUUCCUUCCACAAGGUGGGUAGUAAUAGCGGAAAGAAGGCAAAGAGACACGGGGGAGCCACAAAAUUGGGGAGAGAGAUCGAAACCAACCUGAACAAGCGUGCACAUCCCACAAAAAGGGGUAAUAACGGGAGGGGAGAAAUGAAAAAUUUCGGAAAAAACCCUUCCAAGGGGCACCCAAAUCGGUGGCCUAACGGUAACAAAAAAAGUAACAAAGCUGAAGUUCUUAAAAAAGAAGACCAUUCAGAUGGAUCAGCUUCUUCGGAUGGUUCGGUUGCUUCGUCUGCUUCGGCUGGUUCAGGCGACUCACCAAACAACAGCCAUAAAUUAUGGGAAAAUAACAAAUCAAAGAAGGCAAGUGAGACUUACAAAAUUUUCGUUCUGAAAAAGGGGAACGGAGAUAACUGCGCUGUAAAAAGGGAGCAAGGCAUCCAUUUAAGGGGGCACAAUGGUGAGGGCCCCAAGAAAGGUCUUCAAAACGUAGCACGUACAAAUGGAGAAGCAAACAAAAACAACGUUAACUAUCGGGAGAAUGAUCGCUCCGUUAGUGCCGACAAAAGGAAUUACUAUACAAAUGUGGAGACUACCUCUGACAGUGUCCAAACGAACACCAUGGAUGGUUACUCCACUUGCUCCAGUGAGGACAUAUACUUGUGGGAAAGAAAAAAAAACAGAAAAGCGCGAAAAAAGGCCCUUAAUGCUGAAGGUAUAAGGCGGGGUAAACUGAAUGAACAAAUCGGAGGGGGGGUUAAUGCACAGGUGGUGAAUUCAAACGGAAAGUUGGCAAGUUCAGUGGCGCAUGUAAUUGAAAAAAUAAUUCUGAAUUAUAAGAAUUGGGAUAUGGGAGGGACAAAAAAGGGGAUCGGCGCUGCCAGUCACAGCGAUGACAGUGAUAGUGACAACAGCGGCUACAAUGAUAAUGGCAGCAAUUACCACGACGACAAACGGAGUGGAGAAGCUGGCACCAACUGUAUCAAGCAAAGUGACCUGCCUGACGCACACACUUGCAAAAAAAAAAAAAAAAAAACUAGCCAUUUUGAACUAAAUGGGGAAAGAGUAAAGGAGCAAACGAUAAGCUUAAAAAAACCAGGCAGUGCGUACACCGCCUUGGGAAGACAGUGUACAAAUGAAGAUUCACAUGUGAAUACAAAUGCACAGGUAAAGAAAAAAAAAAGCCAAGAUGUUAACAAUGUGUUGUGUUCAAGUAGCCAAUCAAGUUAUCCUGAGCCAAAAAUAUUUUUCCUCAAAAAUGAUGAGUCUUGCAUAAUUGUGGAGUAUCCCAACGUCAAAUAUCUUGUCAAAUGCUCUUAA